CUCGUACAGCUCUUUCCGAGACGCACGGGUGUGGUGGUUGUGUGCUUAACGAAUCGAGGCAGUGAAACUUGAAUGAGCAGAAGAGAAAUUGAGCAACGCAAAGAAUCGACUAUUGCUAAAAGAUAUGAGCGCAUUGCACGCGAGUAAUCGAGUGUUUCACCUGCUGGGACCGUGUUGGUCGAGGACUUUUCGAUGUGUCUGGAUGUUCGAAGAGCUAGGGAUACCGUACACGCUAGUACAAGAAGCUCUUCCAGUCAGCAAACUCGCACGCAAGUACAGUCCGACCGGGAAAGUUCCCAUAUUGCUCGAGUUCACGUCGCCAGCCGAUGACACACAACCCGACUUGACGUUGUCGGAGUCCGUCGCUAUCAAUACCUAUCUUGGCGACUGCUACCCCGAAAGUAACCUAGUUCCGCGACCCGGCACACGAGAUCGAGCCUUGUACGAUCAGUACGUAUGUUGCAUACUAUCCGAGCUCGACUCUCAGGGUCUGUGGAUCCAUCGCAAGCACCAGGCCAUGGGCCAGUAUUUUGGAUAUAUUCCCGAUGCCGUCUCGCACGCUCAGCAUCAAUUUCAACGGUUUAAUCAGCAAAUGGUUUCUGUCUUGAAGAACGGGGGACCCUUUCUUCUUGGAAAUCAAUUUACCGCCGCCGACGUGUUGUACGUUCAUUGUCUGGACUGGAGCAAGUCAAUCGGCUGGCUUUCAGAUUUGGACAAUGGCGCAGCAGAGACGGUCGAGUUGUAUCGCAAUGUAUGCCACGCUCGAAAAGCGUUUCAGCAGGCAAGUAACAUUCGAAAAGAAUCGAAGGCCUCCCACAAAUUGUAACAUUGACAUCGACCGUUGGUCGCGAGUGCUCCGUCCUUUCCUCGGAAUCACACUCCGUUUGUGACCUGCCGUACAGCGC